AUGGAUUUUCCAGUCCCGGUUUUGAUGCAUUUACAGCAGUAUUUAAGUUUUCGUGAUAUGCGAAGAAUUCGCCGCGUAAACUGCAAUUGGUAUACUGUGUUUUCUAAACCCCUCUAUGGCAACAUUUUGAUCUCUGAUACUUGUAUCUCUGUAUAUGACAGUUUUUACUACAAUAAAUCAUAUGGAUGUGUGCCCAGGAAAGUUGAUACAGGCCUGACUUGUAGCUUCAAAUAUGUUAAGACUGAAAAAUCUUCCAAGAUGUUUGACGAUGAGAAGUGGCAAGUGAUUAUGUCUUUUUUGAGUAACUUUGAUAUGUUUGAACAUCUUGAAGUCAAAUGCAUCAAACCUUGUUUGGAUCUUAGAAGAGUGGCUAAGCUAAUUGUGCAACCUAUUUUGCAUCUAAAACUAGUCAUUUGUCGUUCUUUGGAUAUAGAGACGUUUAGUAGGUUUAUGGAAGCCUAUUUACAGAAAUCACCUAACGUAGAAAUUGAAUUUCUACUUUGGGUUGACCCUCACACUUCUAAACAGUAUUCCGAAGCACUUGCUGCAGCGUUGUCGGAGUCACGAAAUGUUGAGGCUCUUAUUACGCAUGGAUGUAUUUAUGAGGGUUUAUGUGACACUCCCUACAGCAUUAAACAAUUAACUCUUCUUGCGCAUCAGCGGAACGUUGAGAUUCCUCUUGUGCAGGUACUCUUCCCGAGCAGUAUUCAAGGAUUGGUGAAAAAUGGUUUACAAACGCUAACUGUAUUUAUCGAACCCGCAUAUUUGAGAGGACAUGUUGUAUUCAAAUGGGAUAAGGUCAUCUUAGAAGAAUUAAUUGACCGAAUUGAAGCUUUGGUAUCUGAAGUGAAGGCAGCGAAACUACAAGAUAUCAUCUAUAUUUGUUCUGUAGAUCCUUGGAAUGAGAUUAGGCCAUUGAGUUUUGGUUGUACACUGAGACUCCUGACUCGAAUAAUUGACUAG